CACAAGGUUAGAUAUGAGCAGAUAUGAGUUUGUUGUAUCACGAGAGCACAUGGUACAACAAACAGUUUUUAUUCAUUCGCCAGUCAUGUCGGUGGAAACAGAAAAGAAAAUAAAAAUUGUCAAGGAACAUAUCAGGUCCUAUCCUGACUUUCCUAAGGAGGGUGUCCUGUUCAGAGAUAUAUUUUCAGUUUUGUUGAAACCAGACAUUUUCCAAACACUACGUGAACUGCUGGUGGAGUUUGCCAAUAAGCUAAAGAAUGUUGAGGAUUACCAAUAUAUCGUUGGGUUAGACGCAAGAGGGUUCCUUUUCGGACCUUUAUUGGCCCUUGAACUGAAUUUACCAUUCAUACCAAUCAGGAAGAUGGGAAAAUUACCUGGAAAUACUGUGAAGACUUCGUAUAAAUUAGAAUAUGGCGAGGCGACUGUUGAAAUUCAAGCAGGAACCAUCACACCAGGAAGCAAGGCACUAAUCGUCGACGAUCUCCUCGCAACUGGUGGUACUCUUGAAGCAGCUCGACAAUUGGUUGAAAAAGUCGGUGGAAAAGUGGUGGCAUGUUUGGUCGUGAUCGAACUGGAGGGAUUAAAGGGAAGGACUGUAGUUAAAGCACCUACCCAAUCUAUUAUUACGUAUUGAUUAAAAUUUAUUUGUUUUGUAUUUUACUCUGAAGUGUGGAUGUUGUUUGGCAGGAAGGCAAGGAAACGGAUGUUUCUAUUUAAAUGUAAUAGGAUCAAUUGUAAGAUUAACGGGGUGUUUGAAAUGGGAACAGUGGCGGACCAUUUUUAUUACAUUACGCUUAGAAAAGAUCUCAAGAGUGUGUGAUAUAGGCAACCACUGUUGUUUUCUGUAUUUUCUGUUACUAACUGAAACAACAUUAUUGUGCGCGAAGUUCAGUAUGUUAUUUCUCACUCAUUGUAUAAACUGACAAAAUAAAUUAUAGUAAUUUUUAUAUAAGACAAUAAUUGAUUAGGCUAAACAACAAAUGUAUUGUAUUAUUUUUAUAUAGAUUUUAAAUUGCGUAAAAUAUAUGUAUAUAUCAAAAUAGAAUUUCAUGUUUUAAGUAUAAUAAAUUCACAUAAAACAACAUAAA